AUGGGCGCAGUUUGCUGUAAACUUGGGGGAAUCGAAGGAAACAAUUCCUCAAAAAGCUAUCAAAAGUCAAGGAAGAGCUCAGAUGCUUCCAAGCCAAGAAAGAGUUCUUUCCAAGAAUUCGAAAGUGUUGACAGGAAAGCCUGGAUCAGUGAGCAAUGUAAGCAUGCUGGUGACCAAGACCUGUUCACUAAAGAAAUCAACGAGUGCGAUUUCCAAAAGGCUCAUUGUAUUGGAAGAGGAGCCUAUUCUAGUGUCUAUCUUGUAUACAAGAAAGAUACAGGUAGACCUUAUGCAAUGAAGGUCAUCAAGAAGUCAAUCAAUAAGAUAGAAAAAGACAGAGUGAAACUUGAGAAAAAGAUAAUGACAGAUUGUUAUAGUCCCUUUCUGGUGAAGCUUUAUUGCACAUUCCAGACCCAGGAUAAGUUGUUCUUCAUCCUAGAAUAUGUAAACGGAGGAGAGCUAAACACCAAACUAAUCAAAGCUGGUGUUAUCAAGGAAGGCUUAGCCAGGUUCUACGCUGCUGAGAUCUUGCUUGCUCUCAAAAUAAUGCAUGAGAAGAACUACCUUCAUAGAGACGUUAAUCCGAGGAACAUCCUCAUUGAUAACAAAGGGCAUAUUAAAAUUAUCGAUUUUGGUUUAUCCAAAAACAUCAAAGAGGAUAGCGACAGAAUCGAGACUUGCGGAACCCCCGCUUAUUGUGCCCCAGAGAUCAUCAAGGGAGGAAAGCAUGAGAAUACAAUGGACUUCUGGAGUUUCGGAGUGCUUCUCUACGAAAUGCUCCACGGAAAGUAUCCAUUCCUUAAGGGAACUGUCAAGUCAAAGGACGAGAUAUUUAAACAGGUGUUAAACAACAAACUGAAGAUUGACAGGAAUUUAUCCCCAUUCACUGAAGACUUCUUGAAGAAACUUUUGAAUAAGGAUCCGGCCAAACGUCUCGGAGCUAAUGGAAUCGAAGAAAUUUUAAAUCAUCCAUUUCUUGAAACCAUUAAUUUCAAAGAUUUGUCUAUCAAAAAGAUGAAGUCUCCUUACGUCCCAAAAGUAAAGAGUGAAGAUUGUACGAAGUACAUUUCGGGCACUUGGCUCGAAGAACCGGUAGACACCACAGAUAACGAACUCACCUUCACCCUUGAUGAAAAGAGGGAAGCUUACGUCAGAGACUUUUCCUUCUAUGCAGAGGGCAGCUUUGCUGGCCUCUGGACGGGAGACUCUUCUAGAGCAACUACCCCGACUAAAAGUGGUAGCGAUAUCUCAGAAUAUUAAUAACUAUACUUCAUUAUAAUAAUUUUUUCAAACCUCCA